AUGAUCAAAAAUUUGUCCGUUCGCCCCUCUUUGAUUCCUAGAGAACAAAGAGGAUCUGUUGAAUCUCAAGUAUGUUAUUUAACCGGUCGAAUUAAAAGACUUACUGAACAUUUGGACCUACAUGGAAGAGACUACUCUUCCCAAAGAGGUUUGUGGAAAAUUGUGGGUAAACGUAAACGACUUCUGAUUUAUCUGUUCAAGAAAGACAGACUUCGUUACAAAAGUUUAAUCGGUCAAUUAGAUAUGCGUGGACCGCGUUAA